AUGUCACAAAACGUUGUUCUUAUUACGGGUGGAACUGGAUUAGUUGGUAAAGCAUUAGAGUGGGUUAUACAAAAUGAAAGCGUAGAUAGUAGAUUUGGUAGAAAAGAAGGUGAAGAAUGGGUCUUUUUGAGCUCUUCGGAUGGUGAUUUGCGAAACUACGAAGAUACGAAAAGGAUAUUUCAAAAGUACAAACCAACUUUUGUUAUACACCUUGCGGCUAAAGUUGGUGGAUUGUUCGCCAAUAUGAAGUUUAAAUUAGAUUUCUUACGUGAUAAUAUGCACAUAAAUGACAACGUCUUACACGCGAGUUAUGAAUUCAAUGUCAAGAAACUUAUCAGCUGCUUAUCAACCUGCGUAUUCCCUGAUAAAGUUGAAUAUCCAUUAAUAGAGGACGUUAUACAUAAUGGACCACCCCAUCAAUCGAAUUUUGGAUACGCUCACGGGAAGAGAUUAAUUGAUGUACAAAAUCACGCUUACAAUGACCAAUUCGGUUGUAUGUUCACAUCUGCUAUACCAACAAAUAUCUUUGGACCGAAUGAUAAUUUUCAUUUAGAAUUCUCUCACGUUAUACCAGGAUUAAUACAUAAAUGUUACCUAGCGAAGAAGGAGAAUAAACCGUUUGUGGUUAUGGGUACAGGUAAACCAUUACGCCAGUUUAUCUAUUCGAGAGAUCUCGCUAAGUUGUUCAUCUGGCAACUCCGAGAGUAUGAUUCUAUAGAACCAAUUAUACUGUCAGUCGGGGAAGACGAAGAGGUUUCUAUUAAGCAGGUAUCAGAUGCCAUAGUUGAAGCAUUGCAAUUUGACGGCGAAUACACCUUCGAUACGACGAAAUCAGAUGGUCAAUACAGAAAGCCGGCAUCUAAUAACAAGUUAUUAACAAACAUAGGUGAUUUCAAGUUCACAUCUUUUGAUAUCGCCCUCAGAGAGACAGUUGACUGGUUCAUAAAGAAUUACAAUGGAAUUAGAAAAUAA